AUGAAUAUAAAAUCUAAUACUAGAAAUAUUAACAAUUAUCCUAAUCAUAUACCUGUAUCUCGUAAACCUUCAUCAUCAACGACAACAUCUUUUAUUCAUUUACGUCCUCAUGUUAAUGCAAAAUUCAAUCUAUGUAAUGCUACACAACGCAAACAUGCACCAUAUUAUCGAAAAUUUCAAACUGGCUCAACAACUACAUUUUCUGGUUACACUAAUAUAUCUAAUGAGAAUAGAAAUAGUCGUUUGAAACAAAACAUACAAAAUAAUUAUAUUCAUUCUAAUUCUAAAUUUAAUAAAAAUACUACUGAGAAUAAUCCUAUACCCUCUCUCAUGUCUAUUUAUUGCUUCCAACAACCACCGCGCAAAAAUCGUCGAAGUAUUCAACAUGCCGAACAAUACAAAGAUCGAGCACCAUUAAUUCAGCCAAAUUAUGCAAAUAAGAAUGAUAAUUUUACACCAACAUCGAACGAACUGCAAGGUAUUAUCCUAUCUGAUUCUAUGUGUAAGUAUGUUCGUUCAGAACAAGUAAAACAAAUGCAAACUGAAAAAAAUAAAAAAAUAUUUGAAAUGGACUUUCUUGUUUUUUCUCUUUGUACAAAUGAUGUAGCAAAUCUAGGACCAGAAUUAGCUAUUCAAAAAUGUCAUGAUUUAAUUCAAUAUGUGCGACGAUUAUUUCCAAAAUUAAAAAGCAUCGGUUGGCUAGCCCUUUCACCCCGAUGGAAACCAUCAAAACUCUUCGAUUCUUCACAAAUGAACGAAAAUAAUGAAAAAUUUAAUCAAUUAUUGAAAAUAUUAUCAAAACAACUGAAUUUCGAAGUCAUUCAUACAAAUCUUCAACAUCACCAUAUGCAUACUGAUGGUCUUCACCCAUCAAUUAAAUCAGGUCAUUAUCAACAGCAACGAACAAAAUAUCAAGAACAACAGAAACAACAAUUACAAAUUUAUGAAGAUAAUAAUCAACAACAUUGUCAACAACAAAAACAGCGACAAAAACAAAAAAUGCAAAUUAAAUAUCAUCACAAACAAUAUGAAACAAAACAAUAUCAAGAAUAUCAACGCAACAAUGUAACCGUCGAUAACAACAAUCAAUAUCGAUGGUCAGUAAAUCAAAAAUAUGAAACACAGCAUUUGCCAAUUAAGAAAUUAAUACCUAAUUAUCCUCAUUUUCUACGACAUAAAGAAGAAUUCUUUCGAAAGAUAGCAAUACCAGUAGAGUUCGAAAAAGAAAAAGAAAAGAUUUUCAUAUUAAGUAAUCUACAUUUUCAGACGGAAUUUUUGAAAUUAGAAGCAGAUAAAUGGAGAAUUUAUAUUGAAUCGGCAAAUGAUAAGAAACAAAUAACACAAGAGAGAAAACAAAUAGAAACCAUAGUAAUAGAUGAUAAUAGUAUACCAAUAGCUAGACCAUCGCCUAAUGGUUUUGCAAAUCCACCUGCACCAUUAGAUUUUAGUGACUUAUCAGAACUAUUCGAUGAAUGGCUGCCAGAGCCAGUACCGGGAAAAAAGCGAAAAUUGGGACAACGCCAAGACAAUCCGCCAACUCCACCAUCACCAAGACAACCACCACCACCGAUUAUCCUAAGAAAAACACUACCACCGAGAAAUAAAGAUGCACCACUCCAGGGAGGAUCUGUUCAAUCUUCACCAUUUUACGAUAAUGACAAACGAGAAAAAAAUAAAAACGAAGAACAACAUCAACAAUCCUACAAUGUAUUACUACCAUUAGAAAAACAGAUUGAAAACAACAAUGAAAAUAGAAAUGAAAUAAGACAAACAACGAUCAUUAAUAUAGAUAAAGAUUCUUCAAUGAUCAUAAGUCCUAUAAAAAGUUCGACACCAGAACCAAGAAUACGUUCAUCACCAUCAGUCAUACCAAAAGAUAGUAUAGCAAGAAUGCCGAAAAAAUUUGAGUUUAUAAUUAUGCCUAUUGAAUGUCGAUAUUAUUUUAAACGAACAAAGCAAAGAUGUACAAUUGAAACUAUCAAAGAGCAUCAAAAUUUUCUUGAAAACAAAUAUGAAGAGUUAGAACAUGAAAGAGAAAAUAAAUUGCAUUCGUUCUUCUCUGAAAAAGAAAAGAGUCAGGUAAUAUCAUUCGUGAAAAAUACCAUCGAAAAAGUACUUGAAAAUAAAAAGAAAAAUGAUCAAAAAAGAUUAGACAAUCUUUUAUUAGAUCACAAACGAGAAAAAGCAACACAAAUAAUAAAGAAUACAGCAACACAAUCAGAACAACAACUCAUACAAUGUUUACAUAAAAAAUACAUGAGAACACUAGAACUAAAAUUGCAAUUAGACAAAUUAGAAAUGAGAUUUAUAGAAAACAUGCCACCACCAUCUUUAAACAUAAUUGAUAAAUUACAGCUAUAUGCAAAAGAGUUAGAACCAAAUGAUAAUCAAUUAAAUUCUCUACGAGAACAAUGGAAAAAUGUACUUCGGAAAGCAAAAUUGGACUUAACAGCAUUAAUGCGGCAAGCUAAGAUAGUGAAAAAUCAAAAACCGAUUAAUGAAAAAUCAAAAACUCAUUCUCAACCUGUAUUGAAAUCUGUUACUUAA